UAGGCCGGACGCCGCCUGAGAGUACGCGUAACUGCCACCGCGAUGCCGAAGGGGCCCAAGCAGCAGCCGCCGGAACCCGAGUGGAUCGGGGACGGAGAGAGCACGAGCCCCGCAGAGAAAGUGGUGAAGAAGGGAAAGAAGGACAAGAAGACGAAAAAGACGUUCUUUGAAGAACUGGCAGUAGAAGAUAAACAGGCUGGGGAAGAGGAGAAAGUGCUCAAGGAGAGGGAGAAGGAGCAGCAGCAGCAACAACAGCAGCAGCAGCAGCAGAAAAAGAAGCGAGACACCCGAAAAGGCCGGCGGAAGAAGGAUGUGGAUGACGAUGGAGAGGAGAAGGAGAUCCUGGAACGUCUCAAGAAACUCUCAGUGCCCGCUAGUGACGAGGAGGAUGAGGUUCCAGCCCCGGUGCCCCGAGGUGGGAAGAAGGCCAAGGGUGGGAAUGUUUUCGCAGCCCUGAUUCAGGAUCAAAGUGAGGAUGAGCAGGAGGAAGAAAAACGCCCUUCCAAGCCUGCCAAGCCAGAGAAGAAUCAGAUCAACAAGGCUGUGUCUGAGGAGCAGCAGCCUGGGCUCAAGGGUAAAAGAAGAAAGGAAGAAAAAUCAAAGGGGAAAGCAAAGCCUCAAAAUAAAUUUGCUGCUCUGGAAAAUGGAGAGGAAGAGGAAGAAGAAAAAGAAGUAACAAAAGAAAAGGAGCCCCCCAAGCAAGGGAAGGAGAGGGCCAAGAAGGCGGAGCAGGAUUCAGAGGAAGAAGGCGAGGAAGAGGAAGAAGAGGGAGAGUCUAAAGCCGACGAUCCCUAUGCUCACCUCAGCAAAAAGGAGAAGAAGAAGCUCAAGAAGCAGCUGGAGUAUGAGCGCCAGGUGGCUUCUCUGAAAGCAGCCAAUGCUGCCGAAAAUGACUUCUCUGUGUCCCAGGCAGAGGUGUCCUCCCGACAGGCCAUGUUAGAAAAUGCCUCUGACAUCAAGCUGGAGAAGUUCAGCAUCUCUGCCCAUGGCAAGGAACUGUUUGUCAAUGCAGACUUGUACAUCGUAGCUGGCCGGCGCUAUGGGCUGGUGGGCCCCAAUGGCAAGGGCAAGACCACCCUCCUCAAGCACAUCGCCAACCGAGCCCUAAGCAUCCCUCCCAACAUCGACGUGUUGCUGUGUGAGCAAGAGGUGGUGGCAGAUGAGACCCCAGCCGUGCAGGCUGUCCUUCGAGCUGACACCAAGCGGCUGAAGCUGUUGGAAGAGGAGCGCCGGCUACAAGGGCGCCUGGAGCAAGGGGAUGACACGGCCGCCGAGAUGCUGGAGAAGGUAUAUGAGGAAUUGCGGGCUACUGGGGCAGCAGCUGCAGAGGCCAAAGCACGGCGGAUUCUGGCUGGUCUGGGCUUUGACCCUGAAAUGCAGAACCGGCCCACCCAGAAGUUCUCAGGGGGCUGGCGUAUGCGUGUCUCCCUGGCCAGGGCACUGUUCAUGGAGCCCACGCUGCUAAUGUUGGACGAGCCCACUAACCACCUGGACCUCAACGCUGUCAUCUGGCUCAAUAACUACCUCCAGGGCUGGCGGAAGACACUGCUGAUCGUCUCCCACGACCAGGGCUUCCUGGAUGAUGUGUGCACUGACAUCAUCCAUCUAGAUGCCCAGCGGCUCCAUUACUACAGGGGCAACUACAUGACCUUUAAGAAGAUGUACCAGCAGAAGCAGAAGGAGCUGCUGAAGCAGUAUGAGAAGCAGGAGAAGAAGCUGAAGGAGCUGAAGGCGGGCGGCAAGUCCACCAAGCAGGCGGAAAAGCAAACUAAAGAAGCCCUGACUCGAAAGCAGCAGAAGUGCCGACGGAAAAACCAGGAUGAGGAGUCGCAAGAGGCCCCCGAGCUCCUGAAGCGCCCCAGGGAGUACACUGUGCGCUUCACGUUCCCAAACCCCCCGCCCCUCAGCCCGCCUGUGCUGGGGCUGCAUGGUGUGACAUUUGGCUAUGAGGGACAGAAGCCCCUAUUUAAGAACCUGGAUUUUGGCAUCGACAUGGACUCCAGGAUCUGCAUCGUGGGCCCUAAUGGCGUGGGGAAGAGCACACUGCUCCUGCUGCUGACUGGCAAGCUGACGCCGACGAAUGGGGAAAUGAGAAAGAACCAUCGGCUGAAAAUUGGCUUCUUCAACCAGCAGUAUGCGGAGCAGCUGCACAUGGAGGAGACUCCCACGGAGUACCUGCAACGUAGCUUCAACCUGCCCUACCAGGAUGCCCGCAAGUGCCUGGGUCGCUUUGGCCUGGAGAGUCAUGCCCACACCAUCCAGAUCUGCAAACUCUCUGGUGGGCAGAAGGCCCGGGUGGUGUUUGCAGAGCUGGCCUGUCGGGAGCCUGAUGUCCUCAUCUUGGAUGAGCCCACCAAUAACCUGGACAUAGAGUCUAUUGAUGCUCUGGGCGAGGCCAUCAAUGAGUACCAGGGUGCUGUGAUUGUCGUCAGCCACGAUGCCCGCCUCAUCACAGAAACCAACUGCCAGCUGUGGGUGGUGGAGGAGCAGAGCGUGAGCCAAAUCGACGGGGACUUUGAGGACUACAAGCGGGAGGUGCUGGAGGCCCUGGGUGAAGUCAUGGUCAACCGGCCGCGCGAGUGAGCCUGCCGAGGGAGCUGAGCUGGCAGCGAGCUGAGAGGCAGGCAAGCCAGUGAGGCUGGAAGCCCCCCGCCACCUCCCUGUCCGCUCGGAAGCCGCCUCAGCCUGCAGCCCACGCAGCAGCGCCUUGGCACCCAUUCAGUGUUGCCUCAGUAGGAUCAGGACACACUUGGAUUGCCACUUCUCUCCCUGGAAGCCUUGUCUGGUUCACUGCAGAAAGCUGCCCUGGCCUUGUCCUCGGCAGCCUUCUGUUGGGGGUCUCAGCCAGCCAUGGCCACCCUCACAGUCAGGCCGGUUGCCAUGGUCACCGAGUGAGGCUCUCCUUUCCUGCUGGAGCUGCAGCUGAUGUGAUACACACAGCCCCCGGAGCUCCGGGUCGGAGGCUGCUGUCGGACACCUGCUCUAGGCGGGCACCUGCAGCCGCUUGUCUCCAGGUUCCUGGGAGCAGGAAAGGAAUGCUGCUGGACCGAACUCGCCUUCACAGGGAAAGAAAGAAAAGGAAUUGCUGCCACCCUCUCAUUGUUUGGAACUUCCUGGAAGUUGGCACUGGCUGUGGUCUGAGCUUGCUUUCCUUGGCGCUCUAGCAGGCGGAGUACUGGUCCUCUUGGUCCUUACUAAGUCAGCUGGCACCGGGCACAGGUCUUUGCAGUGUGCAGGGAGAGGAAACCACCGGGUGCGGGUUGCGUUAGUGAAUAAAGAUUGGAGAAGCACG